AUGGGGAUUUGCAGCUCCCAGUGCUGCGGAGGCAAAUCCCGCGAUGGCCUCUACGAGCCCGUCCUUGCCGAUAGCGAACGUGAGGCAGUUGCAGACCUCCUUCAGUAUCUCGAAAAUCGCAACGAAACAGACUUUUACUCGGGAGAGCCGCUGCGUGCGCUCAGCACACUUGUCUUCUCGGACAACAUAGACUUGCAACGAAGUGCAAGCUUGACGUUCGCUGAAAUUACAGAGAGAGACGUGCGAGAAGUUGAGCGGGACACUCUCGAGCCAAUUCUCUUCCUUCUGCAGAGCCCCGAUCUUGAAGUGCAAAGAGCGGCGAGCGCUGCUCUUGGAAACCUUGCCGUGAACACUGCCAACAAGGUUCUGAUUGUUGAGCUGGGCGGUCUUGGACCCUUGAAGCGCCAGAUGCAAUCGCCCAACGUUGAAGUCCAGUGCAACGCCGUCGGCUGCAUCACCAACCUCGCCACACAUGAGGACAACAAGGCAAAGAUUGCUCGCUCGGGCGCCCUCGGACCCCUGACGCGUCUCGCUAAGUCGCGAGACAUGCGAGUGCAGCGAAACGCCACGGGUGCUCUUCUCAACAUGACUCAUUCGGAUGAAAACCGAAAACAGCUAGUCAAUGCUGGUGCUCUGCCAGUCUUGGUCCAGCUGCUCUCCUCUCCCGACGUCGAUGUACAGUACUACUGCACGACAGCACUCAGCAACAUUGCUGUAGAUGCCACGAACCGAAGGAAGCUGGCACAGACCGAGCCGAAAUUGGUCCAAUCCCUCGUCAAUCUGAUGGACUCCUUAUCGCCCAAGGUUCAAUGCCAAGCCGCUCUUGCCCUGCGCAAUCUUGCAUCCGAUGAGAAAUACCAACUAGACAUUGUCCGUGCCUCUGGCCUGCCGCCUCUUCUUCGUCUUCUCCAGUCCUCCUAUCUGCCGCUUAUUCUCUCUGCUGUCGCGUGCAUACGGAACAUCUCGAUCCACCCCAUGAAUGAAUCGCCUAUAAUUGAAGCAGGUUUCUUGCGGCCUCUGGUGGAGUUACUCGGUUCUACUGACAACGAGGAGAUCCAAUGCCACGCUAUCUCGACUUUGCGCAACCUAGCGGCCAGCUCAGAUCGGAACAAGGCUCUUGUGCUGGAGGCUGGUGCCGUACAGAAAUGCAAGCAGCUGGUGCUGGAUGUGCCCGUGAAUGUUCAAUCAGAAAUGACUGCUGCCAUUGCUGUUCUGGCUCUUAGCGACGAGCUCAAGAUGCACCUACUUGGCCUGGGUGUAUUUGAUGUCCUGAUACCGUUGACACAAUCUUCCAGCAUCGAGGUGCAAGGCAAUAGCGCGGCUGCUAUGGGCAAUCUCUCCUCCAAGGUUGGCGACUACUCGAUGUUCAUCCAAUACUGGCUGAAGCCAAGCGAUGGCAUCCAUGGAUAUCUGAGCAGAUUUCUGGCGAGUGGUGAUGCUACAUUCCAGCACAUAGCGAUCUGGACCUUGUUGCAACUUCUCGAGUCAGAGGACAGGAAGCUCAUGAACCUAAUUGCCAAGUCGGACGAUAUUGUGGAGGUUGUUAAACAAAUUGCGAAGCGUCCUAUCGGGUCCGACAACGAGCUGGAAGAUGACGACGAAGGAGAAGUUGUGAAUCUGGCUCAGCGGUGCCUCGAGCUUCUCGGACAGAACAACCCGAAGUCCCAUAUCGAAGGCUGA